AGUGUCUGCUCAGGCAUGCUCGCCCCACCCCCAUCCUGUUCUACUUCAGUGUCAGAAGGAAACGAAGCCGCAAGGAGAACAAAGCCUGGUAACACCUUGUGCCUCUUGCCUCCUUCUCACGCCCUCUGCACUGUUCUCUGCACAUGCAGCUGCUCCAGCUGGUUUGGCUCCAGCUGGUUUGGCUCCAGCAGAACAUCCUGCCUGCCAGAGCCGGGAAGAACUAUGAGCAAGGAGGUCCACUGCAGAGAAGGACCUGCCCACAGACUGUUGCUCCACCCUGGUUUGGCUCCUGUGUGACACCUGCCUGCCUGCCCAAGGGAGGAAUUAUGAGCAAGGACCACAACUGCAGACAGAUAGUCAUAUCCAGAAGCCACGAGUUGUCCUAAGAACCAGGUCUCUACACCACCUAAACCGGAGAGAUGGCGUUGUCGCUGGAAGAAUUUGUGCAGUCCCUUGAUGUCAGGACCCUGCCCAGGGUCCUAGAAAUCCAGUCAGGCAUCUAUUUUGAAGGUUCUAUCUAUGAAAUGUCUGGAAAUGAAUGCUGUUUUUCAACAGGAGAAGUGAUUAAAAUCACUGGCCUGAAAAUUAAGAAGAUCAUAGCUGAAAUUUGUGAAAAUAUUGAAGGUUGUGAGUCCCCACAAUCAUUUGAACUGCCCAUGGAUUUUCCAGGUCUCUUUAGGAUUGUGGCUGAUAAAACUCCCUACCUUACUAUGGGGGAAAUUGCAAGAACAAUCCAGAUUGCACCCAGUAGACUAGGGCAUCCUUGCUUCUAUCAUCAGAAGGACAUAAAACUGGAGAAUCUCACUAUAAAACAGGGUGAACACAUCACACUCAACUCAGUUGAAGACAUUGAUGGAGAAAUAACGGUGAACUGUGCCGUAGUAAGGAAUCAUCAAAAUCAUUCGUUUACUUUGCCUGUGACCCAAGAAGGAGAAUUCUAUGAGUGUGAAGAUGAACAUAUUUAUACGCUAAAAGAGAUUGUUGAAUGGAAGGUAUCCAAGAACAGAACCCGAACUGUGAAACUUACAGAUUUUGCGAAUAAGUGGGAUUCAUCAAAUCCAUUCCCUGAAGACUUUCACGGUGCACUGAUUCUCAAGCCUGUUUAUGAAAUACAAGGUGUGAUGAAAUUCCGGAAGGAUAUAGUCCACAUUCUCCCCAGUUUAGAUGUUGAAGUCAAAGACAUAACUGACUCCUUCGAUGCUAGCUGGUUUCCUCAGCUGUUAUCUACAGAAGACCUCUUUGAAAUGACUGGUAAAGAGUUUCCCAUUGUGGCUGAAGUCAUCGAAGCCCCUCAAGGAAACCAGCUGCCCCGAAAUAUUUUACAGCUUGGAAAAAUCAUUGUGAUCCAUCAGAAGUACCAGGCGUCGAGGUUCUUAGCCUCAGAAAUUAGAAGCAAUUUUCCUAAAAGACACUUCUUGAUUCCCAGUAGCUACAAAGGCAAGUUCAAGCGGCGACCUCGGGAGUUCCCCACUGCCUAUGACCUAGAGAUAGCUAAGAGUGAGAAGGAGGCUCUCCAUGUAGUGGCCACCAAAGCCUUUCAUUCCCCCCAUGAGGAGCUGUCCUCUGUGUCUGUUGGGGACCAGUAUCUAGUGCACCACUCAGAGGCCUCCGAAGCCCUCUGUGAGGGAGGGAAGAGAGUGGUGAAUUUUCUGGCCUGUGAAAAAAUCCUCAGAAAGUCCUAUGAGGCAGUGAGGCUCCCUUUGUCCAUGGAGGGAGGUUUUGUAGAGGUGAUUCAUGACAAGAAGCAGUACCAGAUUUCUGAGCUGUGUCAGCAGUUCCGCUUGCCCUUCAAUGUGAAAGUGUCUGUGAGAGAUCUGUCCAUUGACGAGGACAUUUUGGCUGGGACCCCAGGACUGCAGUUGGAGGAAGACAUCACAGACGCUUACCUGCUUGUAAGUGACUUUGCCACCCCCGAGGAAUGUUGGGAAGUCCCCGCUGGCCGCUUGAAUAUGACUUUUCAGUUAGUUAGUGAUUUGUCUGGGGACACGGGGCCGGGUACAGUCAGGGCUCUGGUAGAAGAGAUUACAGAAGAACAGUAUUACAUGAUGCGGAGAUAUGAAAGCUCUGUCUUGCACCCCCCGCCUCGUCCUCCCAAACAUUCCUCAGUGAAGGAAACCAAGUUAACCCUGCUCACCUUAGCAGAAGAAAGCACAGCAGAUGGGUCUGCCCCUCCCAAGGUAAGGGCUGCGAUUUUACAGAUUUUACUUCAGAGUGUUUUUCUUGAAGAUUUAGUUCCAAAUCUUUCCUGAACUUGCUUACUUCCU